AUGUUUACCCGGCCACGUCAUUUGGACCCACCAGGGAUCAUACGCAUGCUGAUACAGUACGAGAUACGCAUCUUGUGUAGCGUUCGGCCUCUGUUUCCCCUCCCUUUUUGCAGCUGUCACCGGCGGCGGCUACUCUACUCUCCCCGCAUGGCGUCGCCUCCUCCGCCGGCUCCCGCCGCCGCGGCCGCCCACAGCGUGUUCGUCUACGGCACCCUGAUGGCGGAGGAGGUCGUGCGCGUCCUCCUCGGCCGCGUCCCGCCGUCCUCCCCCGCGCUCCUCCCCAACCACCAGAGGCUCAGCAUCAGGGGCCGCGUCUACCCGGCGAUCCUGCCCGUCGACGGCAGCAAAGUCCCCGGGAAGGUUUGGAAGGGGAUCACUGACAGGGAGCUCGAUGUGCUGGACAUCUUUGAGGAUGAGGAGUAUGUCAGGGAAACUGUUGGUAUCUUGCUGACCGAUUCGGCGGACACGAUGGUCGCCUACGCAUACAUAUGGGGGAAUGUGGAUGAUCCUGACCUCUAUGGUGAAUGGGAUUUUGAUGAAUGGAAGAAAGUGCAUCUGAAGGACUAUCUCACAAUGACACAAGAUUUCAAGGAGGAACUGGAACAGCUUGAAUCUGAGACACAUGACUGA